AUAUGGAUUUUGUUCGCGUGGAGUCGUUUCCGGAGACAUUUCAGUGCUGAUGAAGCAUACAUAAGAUAAUAAAUUAAUUAAAGUAUUUAAUUCGGGCGAUAAAGGAACAGCAAUUAUCUUUCAGUGCAUACAAUAUUUUGUUUGACAUUUUUUUGGGGGGGGAUCAGCACUGCGUUACGAAAUGAUCCCAACGAAACGCUUGCUAGCGUAGCUAUGUCCUCAAAAGCCGCUGCAAAGCAAUGUUGUUGCUAGCUAACGACGUUGCGAGAGGGACCAUAGCUAACGUAACUCGAUAGCUAGUUUUCUCCUCGCCAUCAUAUUUACGUUGACUUUUCCGUUACAUCUGCAGUAGCAUUAUGGUGUGCUGUGUCAAUGGGCAAUUGCCUUGUAACUAUCUAGUUUACUAUACAUAGAAACCGUUGUUUAGUAUAAUAACUUUUCGAAACCAACUACUCCGAGUUCGGCUAACUAGCUAACGUUAAUGUUAGCUUCUAACUCACGACAUUGUUCAACGCAAAGACCGCUACGAAACCCUACUAUCAACGCAAGGCUUUCUUCCAGUUUCGUUUGUACUACGUUAACUUGACAAGCUUGCUAGUUGUCUGGAAUACGAUGGCUUCUUCGUCGGGAAACGAUGACGACCUCACCAUUCCCAGGGCAGCUAUCAACAAAAUGAUCAAAGAAACUUUGCCCAACGUACGGGUUGCCAACGAUGCGAGAGAACUUGUUGUGAACUGUUGCACAGAGUUCAUACAUCUAAUUUCAUCAGAGGCGAAUGAAAUAUGUAACAAGUCUGAAAAGAAGACUAUAUCUCCUGAACAUGUUAUUAAUGCACUUGAAAGCCUGGGUUUUGCGUCGUACAUCACAGAGGUGAAGGAUGUCUUGCAGGAAUGUAAAACUGUAGCACUUAAGAGGAGAAAGGCCAGCUCUCGCCUGGAAAACCUGGGUAUACCAGAGGAAGAGCUCCUUAGACAACAACAGGAACUCUUUGCUAAGGCACGGCAGCAGCAAGCAGAGCUAGCCCAGCAGGAGUGGCUCCAGAUGCAGCAGGCUGCCCAGCAGGCCCAGUUGGCUGCAGCAUCUGCCAGUGCUGGACAGCAGGCUGGCUCCUCACUGGACGAGGAUGACGAGGAUGACAUGUGAUGAUGAAGAUGAUGACCCCUGGGGCCUGGAAUUUGGGCAACAACAAGCAGGCAGGGUCAUCUUCAUAAGGGCACACCGUAGCAAAACAUUUUGCAAUGGAUACUGGAAGCAAGCGUUUCUUAUUGGAUCACUACAGAUAGUAGGCUACCACCCUGUUCCGGGCUGUUUUCUCCCUGUUUCGUGCCUAUUGAACACGACCCAGGCCAUAUCCCUUUUCUUUGGACAGUGUCAGCAAGCAGCCCUCUCUCUUCCAACGCUCUCAUUGGUAGAGAUCUGAGCUAUGUAGAGGCAUAAUGCGCGUAAUCCCACCAGUCCAGUAUCAGGCGUACAUGUUGUUAUGGACAGUUUCAAGCUAUAUAGAUAGACAUAUUUUUUUUGAAUUUGACAGUAGUAUCUGAAAAUGCACUUAUUUGGAUAAAGAUGCAUUUUCAAGCAUUACCUCCACUCAGCUGAAAUAUUUUAUUUUUGCCAAUCACAAAUCAAAUGUUAACUCCGUCAUGGAAUUGUCAUGUGCUGUGUGAUUUGGAGAUUAUUGUUGGAUGCAAGGUAGAAUGGAACAUGCUGAAGGUAGAAAGUGUAUUGGAAAAAAAGUAUCAUGGUUUUGGCUAUGUUGAGAAAAGAACAUUAGUACAGUUCAGGUACUGCUCCUUUAGAUUGUUUCUACUAGAUUAUUUGGGGGGUUCAGGAGAACAGCUCCUCACUCUUUGCCAAAGGUGGGCUUUACUUAUUCCUCCUACCCGUUUGUGGUCCUUUUUUGGUAGUAGUUUUGACAUAAAUAGUUCCUUACCCCCUUCUUUGUAUGUUUGUUUAACAGGACGGAUGUGUCUAAAACAGCAUCCUAUGUCCUAUAUAGUGCAUUACAUUUGACCAGAACCCUAUAGGCCCUGGUCAAGUAUUGCACUAUAAUGGGAAUAGGGUGCCAUUUGGGAUGCACACAAUAUUUCUGAAACACUUAGGGGGGUUGUGAAUAUGUAUUUGAUUUGUAAAAUUGGGUUUGAAAAUGCUUUUUGUUUUAUUUUAGCUCCGUCGUUAUCAAAGUAGGUUGAUGCUUUUUUUUCUUAUGUUCACCUACAGUAUUGCUAAUUGAUUAGCUACUCAUUUCAGAAUAUUUUUGACUCAUAGAACCAAAUAUAUAGGUUGCUUCCCAAAUGGCAACCUCUUUCCUAUGUAGUGCAAUACUUUUUUACCAGAACCCAAUUGGCCUUGGUCAUAGUGCACUAUAUAUGGAAUAGGGUGCAAUGUGGGACACAACUUAACAACCCUGAGCAUAUGAGAUGAGGCCAAGGUGUAUGUUCCAUGUGUAGAACAAAGAGACUUGGGUGCAGUGUGCACUCAGGUUACUGUUCACAAUGCUGAUGGUAACUUGCACUUUGGAAAAAUGCUUUAUCUUGGCUUAAUCUGUUUUUGUUUGCACCCCAAAUGUCAGCCUAUUUCCUUUAGUGCAUAAUACUUUAGUUCUAGUUAAAAGUAGUGCACCAUGUAGGGAAUAGGGUGCCAUUUUGGGCGCACCCUUUUUUUUCUCCAGUGUGGAAGGAAAAAGUUGCAUUGUGAAUGUGUGGUGAAUUGUUUAAAAAUGUAAAGAUUGGUAACCUCUAGGUGUGAUACACAUUCACAUGCCUUCUAUAAAGUUGUAUUCUUUAAGCAAUAAAGUUAACAUGUUUUAUAGAGACCAAUCCUUCCUCUUAAUGUUUUGUGGAGUUAUUUACAGUCCUUUCCUAUUUUUUUGUUAACUAUACUAUGUUAGCCCCCUCAGUUUUUCAUCCUCAUGGACAAAAGCUUUUUUUUUUUUACUGUGACCAACAAGUCA